CCCAGCCCACCCUUCUUCCUCUGACACCGCACCUCCGUCGCUCCAAUCUUCCGCCGCCGUCGCCUCCUCUUCCGACGCAUCUCUGGCCCCUCUCCGGUGCUCUCCUCCGGCUCAGAGCAGAGCCCGCUUGGGCACUGUCGGCAAACCUUCUUCCUUCGCCUCCGAGGAGCAGCCAGGAGUGGGCGUCGCCGGCGAGAAGUCUGCCUCAUCGCCGACGGUGACCUCGGGCUCCUGUCGGCGGUUAUUCAAGGGAAGCAGAUUUGUGAGGCUGUUUGUGUUCACCAAUAGGUGUGAAGCUCUGCUGCGCGUUUAAUUGUAACGUCGAGCGAGUUUUGGUGGCGAUGGACGGUGGCACAUCUAGCAAGAGACGAGUGGAAGCCUCGGGCGAGGGAGAGAGCAGCGGCAAGAGGCAGAAUGUCACCAUGGGGAUGGACGCCCUCGACUGCCCCGUCUGCUUUCAUCCCCUCAGGCCUCCGAUAUACCAGUGUUCUGUGGGGCAUUUCGUAUGCUCGUCUUGCCGCCCGAAGCUCGUGCGCAACAAGUGUCACUUGUGCUCUGCCGAAACUACCUUCAAGCGCUGUCUAGGGAUGGAACGUCUCAUGGAAUCAGUCACAGUCGCUUGCUGCAAUGCCAAUUAUGGAUGCGCCCAAAAGCUGACUUACUACCAAAGGGAAGAACACGAGGAGGCAUGCCCUAACACCCCAUGUUUCUGCCCGGAGUCCAGCUGCAGCUUUGCAGGGCCAACAGACGCCCUCCUUGAACAUUUUGCCUCCCAGCACAAGUGGCCAUGUACAACCAUCAAAUACUAUGAAGAUGUUAAGUUCCACCUAGAACCAGGUCUACAUUUUCUUCGUACCGAAGAAAGGGUAAUUUUCUUGCUCAACGUGGCACUAGAGCCAGUCGGGCAUGCCAUCUCUGUUGUCUGCAUCCAACCUAAAGGUACAAACUCCAAGUUCAAAUGUCAAAUGUCCUACAGUUGCUUUACAACUGGCUAUUAUCAGAGUUCAACGUACAAGAUACGAAGCUCAUCGCUGUCUGAUGGGCUACCAAAGGGAUACAACCUAAUUCUGCCCAAGGAUGAGGUACCUGAUGAUGGAAAGGGUAUCCCGCUUAGGUUCUGCAUUCAUGAUCCUACUAAAAUAAAGGUGCACGAGCCCAUUUAUCUGAAGCUAGUACAGGGUGUAUGAAGGCGCAAGGUUUGGUGUGGACUGCUCUGACUCACGGCUUUCACUGUUUUGGGUUCAGGACUUGUAUAUGUUUAGGGGCGCUAUCUUCGUCUGGCGCGUUCUGUUGUUGUUUUUAUUUUUCUGGGCUUGUUGAGCUGUGCCCUCAGCAGAACCUAUGUACUGUGUUGUGAGACUUGGGUGUGUGUGUGUGGACUUGACUCUGUAUGUGUGCUCUG